GGGGGAGGCCGGGCCGGUGGCGGAGAGGUCAGUCGGGGCCUCCAGGAGCCGCCUUGGCGGCAGCUGCCCGCGCUGGGGGCAGGAGGUCGGAGGAGCCGGGGAGGGUGAGAGGGCCGAAGCCGGCCCCUGAGGGAGUGGCUGGAGAGGUGCCCGCCGCCGCCGGAGGGGCUGCCCGCGCCGGGCGCAGCCUCGCGUCGUUGCCCCCGGCGUGCCCGUGGGCCUCUCGCUCCUUGCUCGGGACAUGAACUUGAUUGACAUCCUUUGGAGGCAAGAUAUAGACCUUGGGGCAAGGCGUGAAGUUUUUGAUUUUAGUCAACGGCAGAAGGAGUAUGAACUCGAGAAACAGAAGAAACUUGAAAAGGAAAGACAAGAGCAGCUCCAAAAAGAGCAGGAGAAAGCCUUGCUGGCUCAGCUGGAGUUAGACGAAGAGACAGGUGAAUUUGUUCCUGUUCAGCCAGCUCAGCGCGUUGAGGCAGAAAAUACCGAGCCACCGAUCGAUUUUUCACAGACCACACAGACUUCAAAACCAGAAGCAGAGGCCUUGUCCUUUGAUGACUGCAUGCAGCUCUUGGCAGAAGCAUUCCCAUUUAUAGAUGACAAUGAGGCUUCUUCAGCUGCAUUUCAGUCACUGGUUCCUGCUCAGAUUGAUAGCAACCCAGUCUUCAUUUCCUCUGAUCAAACUCAGCCACCUGAAUCACCUCUUCUAGUUCCACUUACUGAUGCGGAGAAUAUGCAGAACAUAGAGCAAGUUUGGGAAGAAUUAUUGUCCCUUCCGGAGCUACAGUGUCUAAACAUUGAAAAUGAUAACCUGGCCGAGGUAAGCACAAUCACAAGCCCUGAAAGCAAGCCAGCAGAGCUGCACAACGGCUAUAAUUACUACAGCUCAUUACCCAUCAUGAGAAAAGAUGUUAACUGCGGUCCAGAUUUCCUGGAUAGUAUCGAGGGCCCCUUUUCCAGCAUUUUGCCACCAGAAGACACCAGCCAGCUGAGUGUGAACUCUUUAAAUGACACGUCCCCUGCAAACUCUGAUUUCUGUGAGGAUUUCUACACCGCAUUUAUCGAUACGAAGGCGAAUGGUGACGCAGCAACGACAAACACUAUCAGUCAAUCACUCGCGGAGAUUCUAAGUGAACCUAUUGAUCUUUCUGAUUUCUCACUGUGUAAAGCUUUUAAUGGCAGCCACUCAGGAACCCUACCAGAAUGUAAUGAUUCCGACUCUGGUAUUUCACUGAACGCAAAUUCUAGCGUGGCGUCGCCGGAGCACUCUGUAGAAUCGUCUGCCUAUGGAGAUAAGACUUUUGGUUGCAGCGAUUCCGAAAUGGAGGACGUGGAUAGUGCCCCUGGCAGCGUGCCGCAGAGCAACGCCAGCAUGUUCUCACUGCAAUUCCAGGAUCGAGUGUUCUCUUCCCUGGGGCCAAGCACUCAAACGCCCAGUUUGCAGUGUAUAAACACACCAAAGAAAGAACCCCCUCCCAGUCCAGGCCACCCCAAAGCUCCGUUCACGAAAGAUAAACCUUCAGGCCGCCUUGAAGCUCAUCUCACGAGAGAUGAGCAAAGAGCAAAAGCUCUGCAGAUCCCUUUUCCUGUCGAAAAAAUCAUUAAUCUCCCCGUUGACGACUUCAACGAAAUGAUGUCUAAGGAGCAGUUCAAUGAAGCCCAGCUCGCACUGAUUCGAGAUAUACGCAGGAGAGGCAAGAACAAAGUGGCUGCUCAAAACUGCCGGAAAAGAAAACUGGAAAAUAUAGUGGAACUGGAGCAAGACUUGAGUCACCUAAAAGACGAGAAAGAGAAAUUGCUGAAGGAAAAAGGAGAGCACGACAAAAGCCUUCGUCAAAUGAAAAAGCAGCUAACCACCUUAUACCUGGAGGUCUUCAGCAUGCUACGUGACGAAGAUGGAAAGUCUUACUCUCCCAGUGAAUAUUCACUGCAGCAAACUAGGGAUGGCAACGUCUUCCUUGUUCCUAAAAGCAGGAAGUCAGAGACUAAACUCUGAAGGGCAGCACAGCUGGCUACUGUUCUCCGAGUUAGUAUUUUUGUAUCAUUAUCCUGAUAGUUUUCACUGUGAGGUGGAAUGCAGAAUUAGGUAAUAUUUUUUCAAGUAAUUCUAUGCAAUGAUAAUUUCAAAGUUGAUAAUUAGUUUAUGGAAGAUGCAAGUUUAAAACUAAUAGUGGAGUGCAGACGGAUGUAUGCAAAAUUUGUAAUCUUACUUUUAUAACAGACUCUUUCUUCUUAUAGCACCACUUUGACUAGUUUCCGUAUACAUGUAAAUAUUUAAAGAUACCAUAUUUAUAUACUGUUCCUAUCUCUUGUUAUAUUCAUAGAUUUAUUUGAUAUAUAUAUAAAAAAUGAUUUUAGCCUUCUAAAUAUAAUUUCUUGCAAGACAGUACGGCUUCUGGUACUUUUUUUAUAAAUAUGCAAUAAUGUUUGUUUCUCAUUUUUCUUACACAUUUAUACUUGCUUUAUAUUUAAUAUAUGAUUUUAAUUUAGUAUAAAAGAUGUUUGAUUUUGAUUUAUCAGUUCAUUAAAGUUGGUUUUUUUUUUUAACUCUAUAUGUAUUUAUUUCCCUAUAGAAGGGAAAUCCUGACUAGUUUUCCAAGGCUAAGUCUUCAUGUAACAAACGCACUUAAUAACCAGAGCUGUAUCCCCAGCAUUGUCAGCGCUGCUCAGGCUUCCUGCAGCAUAAUGUUAACUGCUCCUUGGAAGGAUUGUGUGACAAAGUAAGUUUCAAGUCUCUGCUAAGUUUACAUAAGUUUUGUUUUGCUCUUUGAACACUACUUAAAUUCAUGAUGAGAGCUUUCCUCCAAAAGCCUUUAAAAUCUGUUCAGGCAGACAUUGUUGGCAUUAUGUGUUUUUCCAACUAAAAAUCGUUCUAGAAACACACUGUAUCUCUGACUUCGAUCAGGAAGCAGCGUUUGUGGCUGUGAUUACUUUGGAGCUAAUUGGAAAAGACACACACGUACUGCCAAGCAGCUGCACUAUUUGGAACCUGGGCUUGAUUAUCUGAAGAACGUGUGGUGUUUAAAUUAUGAUUUAUAAGAGAAUAAAAAUUGGGCUAAUUAAUAGCAAUGUUUUGUUUACUCUUCUCAAAGGGACUCUGUACUUGAUCAUUAUGGAGUUUUUGAAUACAGAAAAUGCAUAAUUUUUAAUUUGAAAUACACAUUGAUCUGAACAAUAAAAACUGCAUCAUCUUCCUAUGAAACUUCUAAAGGCAUGUUUAAUCUCAAAAUGUUUUUUAUGCCACUGGUGCUCGAUAUCAUUUUAGGAAUAUUUUGUCUAUUACAACAUUAUGCAUAAUUUCAUUUAGUAUAAUAAACACCAAGUUGUUUUGCAAGA